CGAAGUGUGAAAAGACUAGUUAUUUCUGCUUAACAAAUUUGAAGUUUGGAUACGAUUAAUUGGACGAUAUAAGGCUGUGUACUUUUUAAAGUUUAUUUGCAGUUAAUGCGCUCAUGGAUUCUUGCAACAAUAAAGACUUUUAUAAUUGCUGUAGUUGUGCAACUUGCAUUUUUUCUGAGUUAAUAAAAAUUGGUGAGUGUAUCCUGAGUUCGUGGUGCACGGGCAACAUCAAAGCUCUAUUAAUGAGUUUGAUGAGUAAUCCUUAUUUGAAUAAGUUACGAGAUGAUAUUUGUAAACUUGUGGAGUUAAACAAGUCAAAAGACAUUCUUUACUCUAAAAUGAGGUUAUAUGGCUGUAUGGAUUGGAAUCUUGCUAGUGACAAACGGAAGCUUCUUUCACCUCAACAUAUGGAUGAAGUUGAGACCCGAGUUAUAAAUUACUUAUCACUUUUACCUCUAGUUUAUCAAAGGCUUUUUAUUCUAUAUGUUUUGGUUGGUAGCAGUCCGUCUAUGACAAGUUCGAUCAGCUCUGAGCUUCACAAAAAUUCACUACAAAAAGGUGAUUUUAAGACUCGGGAAUAUGAAUCUUCAAUACAACUGCCAUGGAAUAUCACCUCAAAAAUUAAGUCAUUUGUUAACAAUCAAGAAAAAAAGGCUGCACAUAAAACAAGAGGUAGCCCUUCGACCGAACUUCAAUGUACGUCAUCACUGUUUCGAGUUGAUCCACACUUUAUGAGAUACACAUUAGUACCAGUUCCUGUAUGCCCAAUUCAGUUGAGAAGUAAAAUUUCAGGUGAACCAAACUCUGGGUUAUUUAAGGAACCGCGGGUAGUUACAGAGAGUAAUGAUAAUACAUGUAGUCAAGGGAAAAAAAUGCAUUCUGAUUCAUUUGAUGAUUGGAAUGAUUUGAUACAAAAAUCAUGGGAUUCAAUAUCGUAUGAAAUAAAACAAGCGUAUAAUAAGAUAAAAAUACGAUAUGCUUUGAUGUUUGAAAGAAAUAUCUACUGUGGACCAUUUAGCAUUUAUGUAUUGUUAGAAAGGCAACCAAAUCAACCAUUGUGCAAACGACGUGUAAUACAUGUAGAUAACAGAAGUCAUUGGUUAGCUCAUUGUGAAGGACGAUCUCAACAACGUACAAUUAAAUUUAUAGAUAUUACUAUGAAGUCAUUUUGUGAAAAAUCUUCAUCUAAUUGCAUUCAUAAACAAAAUGGUAAUGUUAAUCAAUCCGGUAGUACUGCUGAAUUUAUGGCCCAUUUAAAUCGUGUUUGGUUAAUUGGACAUGCUGGAAGUGUAAAAACAUUAUGGUUAGAUAUUAAACUUCAAAUUUUAUUAUCAGGUAGUUAUGAUACAAGUAUUCGUUUAUGGAAUCUAUCUGAUAAUAAUAAUAAUAAUAAUAAUAAUAAUAAUAAUAAUCAACAUUGUUUAAAUCAACAAACAAAUCUAUUAAAUCCUAUAAGUUUUAGAAAUAGUCGAUCAAAAUGUAUUAGAAUAUUUCAUGGUCAUACAGAUACUAUACUUUGUAUUUGGUUAGAUCAAACUAAAUUAUGGUCAAAAUAUAAUAGAACAUCUGAAAAACGAUCAUAUUCAUCUUAUCAUUCAAAUAAUAGACAUAAUAAUAAUAAUAAUCCAAGUGAUGAUGUUAAAAAAGAAGGAUUUCAAGGUACAUAUCAAUUUGCAAGUGGUUCAGUUGAUUGUACAUGUUGUAUUUGGAGAUUAGAUGAACAAAAACCAUUAUGGAUUAUGAAACAUUCAACUCCAAUCACAUCAGUAGGCUUAAGAGGAUACAUUUGUACAACUGGUGAACAUAGUGGACGUAUAAAUGUAUGGAGAAUUGGUAAUAAAAAACCAAUUUUAAUAAAGGUAUUGACUGGUCAUACUGAUGCUAUUACAGCGUUACGGUUCGACAACUAUCAUUUAGUCACAUCAUCCAAGGAUAAAUCUGUAAAAAUAUGGUCUAUAAUUGGAGAAUUCUCCGACUGUAUAGGUACAUUAGUGCAUACUGGUGAAGUGUUAUGUGUUGAAUUGAUUGAUUUAAGAAUUAUAACUGGUUGUUCAGAUGGUCGUAUACGUGUAUGGAAUUUAUUAACUCAACACUGUCAAAGAAUAUUACCGGGAAAUUAUCGUCAUGAUCCAAUUAUAAGCAUUAUGCCAUUGGAAAAUCGGUAA